UAUACUGGUUCAUACAAAGCAACGCGAGUUGUGUCAGUCAAAGAAUAUUACGUUUUCAUCUAAAAUUAAUGGAUUAGAGUGAAAAAAAAUGUGAUUUAUCCAUUUUAUAAACCGAUAAAUAUUAGGAACAGUGUUGUGAUGUGUGUUAUAAGUGAUUUUACCCUACUUUACAAUAUACCACUGGAGUGAUUGAUAAGAAAAUGGCUAAAAAGUCUGAGAACACUGGGGGCAAGCUGGUAACAAUAUCAGUUGUUGGAUUGUCUGGUACUGAAAAGGAUAAAGGACAGUUAGGUGUUGGAAAAUCGUGUCUCUGCAAUAGGUUUGUCCGCACAGAUGCCGACGACUAUAAUGUUGACCACAUAUCUGUGUUAAGUCAGUCGGACUUCAGCGGACGAGUAGUGAACAAUGAUCACUUUUUAUACUGGGGCAACGUUCAGAAAGAGCAGGAUGAACAAGAGUAUAGAUUUGAGGUGGUUGAACAGACGGAGUUCGUUGACGAUGCCUGCUUUCAACCGUUCAAAGCCGUGGGUAAAACGGAGACCUACGUAAAAAGAUGUGUCGCUACAAAAUUACAGUCAGCUGAAAAGUUGAUGUACGUGUGUAAGAACCAACUGGGGAUCGAGAAAGAAUACGAGCAGAAACUCAUGCCCGAUGGAAAAUUAUCCGUGGACGGUUUCCUCUGCGUGUAUGAUGUUAGCCUGGUACCCGGACGUAGUUGGGAGAAACAGAACGAAACCCUAGCAGCGAUACUCCAAAACAUAAUAAAACUAAAGAAACCGGUUGUGCUAGUGACAGCUAAGAACGAUGAAGCAUGUGAACAAGGAGUGAGAGAGGCGGAGAGAUUGGUUCAAAGAAAGGAGUUCAAAGGUUCAAUACCUAUAGUUGAAACAUCGAGUCAUGAUAAUGUCAAUGUAGAUCAGGCGUUUUUCCUGCUGGCACAAAUGGUUGACAAAUCUAAAGCUAGGAUUAAGGUAGCGAACUAUGCAGAGGCGUUGCGCAUUAGAAGAGAGACUUUAGAUUUCGUAACUGAAGCCUUUACGCAGCUGAUCAGAAUACACGUCCAAGACCAUAAAGAAAUUUGGUCAACAGUCAGUAAAAGGUUGUGUCACUAUCCUGAAUGGAUCAAAUUUGUCCAGCAAUUUGGUAAUGAUGGUACUCAGGUUGUCUUCCGUCGUCACAUAAGGAGGUUAAAGGAGGAACGUUCAGCAAAGAAACUUCGCAAGCAGCUGGCUAAACUACCACAAAUACUUACUCGAAUGCAACUACCCACCGAUGACUUGCAAGAGAGCGACUGGUCGACGGUGGUGCGACAGCUGCGCGCGCACCGCGACUUCUCCGUGUACUUCAGCGAGGCGCGCCCCGCCUCGCGCUCCAACAGCGGCUCCGAGCCCGACAGCCCGCGCGCCGCCGACGCCACGCUGCGCGUGGGAGAGCGCGCGCGCUACCAGACUCUAGGCCAGUCACAGAAAAUUCCAUACGAAAUAUUAGAAACCAAUGAAGCAGCAACAAUAUUUAAGUCUUACCUCCACGAGGCGCAAGAAAAGCAGAGAAAUUUCGAAUGGUGUCAACAAUUCAAGCGUCUCCUAGAAGAAACUGGGUAUGUUACUCCUGGAAAGCAGUUGUCGGAAGUAAGGGUGCUUUUAAUGGGACGGGAGUGCUAUGAAGCGUUAACUGAGGAGCAACAGCAGAGGGUCUAUGAUGAACAUCAAAGGGAGAUACAGAGACGAGCGAAGCAUAAUUUACAGGAACUUCUAUUAGAACAUGCAGACUUAUUCUAUCAUUUCAAAAGAAUAUCACCUACUGGUACUAUCACUCAAGAAGACAUCAAAGAAAUCACUGAUGUCCUUCAAGAUGAUUUCAGAUACAAGAUGUUGGACCGCAUGGAGCAAGACCGCAAGCUAAUGCUGUUCCAGCACCUCGGCUUCGUGCACUGCCCCAUGCGCGAGCACUGCCCCGCCGGCGCCGCCUGCCUGGACGCCGGCCUGCCGCUCAUCCUCAACACCAGGGUUGGAUCCCUGACAUCAUCGGGAGAGGCACAAGUACAAGCGGGUCCUCCGGCCGCACCCUGGGCGCUCACUGCGGAUGCAAAUAACAUUAACAUCAUUAUAUUAGGGGUGGAAGGUAUAGCGGGUGAGUUCGGGAAGCGUCUCAUAGCUGGUUGCGAUAGUGAGCGACGAGUGAGUGUGGGUGGUUCGAUGUGGCGUGUAGAUCAGCGCUUGCAGACUGACGACUUCGCUGCAGAUGCGCUGCGGGACUUCGCGCCCAACGGAUACUUUUGCGUGUAUCAAGAUCAAGAAUCGUUCGAGUACAUUCGAGGCUGUGCAGAGAAAACUUUAUUAUCUAGUUUAGAGCAAGAAGAUAAACUUCCAUUUCAGGGCUUACCAUUAGUAGUGAUGUUCGUCCAAGACGAAGGUAUGGAUAAGAAGGAGCUGGCCAGGCUGCAGGAAGAGGGACAAAAUUUAGCUGAUAAUCUUCACUGUUCCUACAUGGAAGCGUCAGUUAGCGAAUUAGGUACUGAAGCGCUUACAGCUGAUGCUGUGCAAGAAUUAAUAAGAGCGAACAGAGAGAAAGCAAGCUACGCUCACUUGUAUCGUGACUUGAUUGUUUGUUUCGACGCUGAUAUACGUAUAAUGGUGUGCAUGUUCUGCGACGACCCGUACUCGCCGGAGCGCGUGCUGAGCCCGCUGCUGCUGCACCGCGCCUGCUUCCUCACCGGCGACCGCUCCAUCCUCAUCGAGACCUUCCUGGGCGACUCCAAGCGGAAGGUCGAGGUGAUAAUAUCCAGUUUCCACGGUGCUAGUCAGUUUAGGGAAGAGCUAAUACACGGUUUCAUUUUAAUCUACUCUGCUAAAAGAAAAGCCAGUUUAGCUACCCUCAAUGCUUUUUCAAUGAAUAUUCCAAACUUACCCAUACAAAUGGUGGCUGUGACUGACGGAGGUGGAUCGGCAGCGAAUGCGUUCUUUGGUACCGAUCUAGGACAUGUACUUAUUACUGAAGGUAACGCCACUGCCGACAGACUAGGAGCUCAUUUCACGACUUAUACUUCGAGUGCUGAAAAUAAAUCCGCCUUCUACACACCAUUCUUCAAGGAAGUGUGGGAGCGCAAAGGCGAAAUCGAACGCGCGUUCCGACUGGAAGCGCCUCACACGCGGUCACACAACGCACACAACCCGCACAACCUGCCCGACGUGGCGGCCGCGCGCCCCGCGAUAGACCAUAAGCUUACAAAUUCAUUGGAUCUGCUGAUCGGGCCGGAUUCUCGUGCUGACAUGGAUUCGGAGUUUAGCGAUACGUUAAACAAUUCUAAAAAUAGAGGAUUCUUGAAAGGCUUCAGUGUAUACCCACCACCAAGUACCCCGCCAGAACCAGCGCCACCUGAUCACAGGAUGCAUGCAGAUUUGUCACCGGAUCUCAACUGUUCGGAGGAUUCGCUGAGCACGCACGAGUCAGAUGGCGGUGGACUAUGGCAACCGGCGGGUUACGGUCAGAGAGCCUUCACGACUGGUCGAGCGAGGGUUCCUCCGCCCCAUCACCAGAGGCUACGACACUCGCAGACACUCAAGCAACCUGGUAAAUUAGAUAUGAACAACUAUACGAUGGUCAGUGAUGCACUACAGCAUAUCACCAUCGGUCCACAACAUCCGAGAGAAAGAAAGUCUCAGCGAUCAGGGUGGUCGCACUCAAGUAGCCAGCCAGGUCACCACCAUCCGUCCGGGGUCAGUUCGGAGACUGAGUUAGAUGCGCAAUACGCACAGAUAAAAGAAACAAAUGAAUACAUGGAAGCGCCAUCGAUGACGAGGUUAAGACGACAUCGGAGACAUGAUAAAACACCCUUACACCAACCAUCGUUCUCGGAGACGGACAGCUCGGGCUCGAGCGAGGCGUCGGGCGGCGCGCGCGCACAUGUGCGGCGGCGGCACGCGCACCACGCGCACCAUGCGCACCACGCGCACCACGCGCCCAGGCACUACAAGAAACGGUCGUUAGGUAACCUAGUCGCAGUACAGAGCCCUAGAGUGCCCAAGUUAGGAAUGUUUGUUGGUCCGCCGGAACUGCCCACCGGCUACAGAGCGAGAACACAGGAAGACAAAGCCGCCUCCGACUCGAGCGAGGGCAGUUCGGACGCAGAGACGCGGCGUGCGCGUGCGCCGCCUCCGCACGAGCCCACCCACAAGAUGCUAUCCGGGGAAUACCCUUCGUCCGCUCAAGAUAAUUCGUCAUCAAGUGCCGCAGACUCAAGAAGGCGGCCUCAGGUUUUCGGUAAACAUGAUAGGAGACAUAAGGAAAUAUCAAAGAGUAAAGACAAGAAGAAUUCGUCCCAAAUGCAAAACGCGAAUGCGAUACAAAAUUGGGGACCUCAGGGCCCCCACGGAGUACCGCUCUUUGUAGAAAAAUGCGUGGAGUUUAUAGAGAGAGAGGGCCUCGCGUCCGAGGGUCUGUACCGCGUGCCGGGUAACAGGGCGCACGUCGAUAUGCUGUUCAGCAAGUUUUACGAAGAUCCAAACAUAGAUCUAGACUCGCUAGAUAUACCGGUGAACGCGGUAGCGACUGCGCUUAAGGAUUUCUUCUCGAAAAAACUCCCUCCUCUACUGGAUGAAGCUAGUAUGGCACAGUUAGAAGACAUUGCAGCGAUGCGCGGCUGCAUCGCGGGCGGCGUGGAGCUGAAGGACCGCAGCUGGCGGCUGCUGGCGCUGCGCGCGCUGCUGGCCGCCGCGCUCACCGCGCCCGCGCGCGCCACGCUGGACUACCUGCUGCACCACUUCGCCAGGGUGGCGGACAAUUCGAAAUUAAACUCGAUGGACAGCAAGAACCUGGCGAUCUGCUGGUGGCCCACACUGUUGCCGGUGCAAUUUUCGGACAUGGGCCGUUUCGAGAUGACCCGGCCAUACCUCGAGGACAUUGUACAAACAAUGAUCGACCAGCACCCCUUCCUGUUCCGGGGGCAGGAGGCCUUCGUCAUGGUGUGA